UCACCUCCCACGGUCCUGGCAGGAGGGUGUGUUUACGUUGACGUCAUUGCUGCUCCACGGAACUGGAUUAAGUUGAUACAUCAAACAUCAUGUUCCAUGGCAUACCGGUUACAAGUAGCAUGGGAGGAGGAGCGCCACCCAAUAAACCCGAGCUGUAUGAGGAGGUGAAAUUGUACAAAAAUGCAAGAGAAAGAGAAAAGUACGACAACAUGGCAGAGUUGUUUGCUGUGGUCAAGACCUUGCAGGCUCUGGAGAAAGCCUACAUCAAAGACUGCGUCACACCCAAUGAGUACACCGGCUCGUGUUCCAGACUCCUGGUACAGUACAAGGCAGCGUUCAAACAGGUGCAGGGCUCCGACGUGGGAUCCAUCGACGACUUUUGCCGCAAGUACAGACUAGACUGCCCACUGGCCAUGGAAAGGAUCAAGGAGGAUCGGCCAAUCACCAUCAAGGACGACAAGGGCAACUUGAACCGCUGCAUCGCCGACAUAGUUUCUCUGUUCAUCACCGUCAUGGACAAGUUGAGACUGGAGAUCAGAGCCAUGGAUGAGAUCCAACCGGACCUGCGUGAGCUGAUGGAGACCAUGAACCGAAUGAGUAACAUGCCUCCUGAUUCGGAGGCCAAGGACAAAGUCAGCCUCUGGUUGAGCACCCUGAGCAGCAUGUCGGCCUCGGACGAGUUAGACGACAGCCAAGUGCGCCAGAUGCUCUUCGAUCUGGAGUCGGCUUAUAAUGCCUUCAACCGUUUCCUGCACUCCUCCUGAGCCAAUUACGUUUGUCUUUUUGGGUCACAUGACCUUUCCAUGAAUCCUUAUCCAUGUUCGGUAAAAACCUUUUUGUCUGUUUCUUUCCUUCUGCAAUGUUGUGUUGUCCAAAUGACAGGGAAAGGACUAUAUAAUGAAAAUAAUUAGGUUCUCUAUCCUAUUAAAACCUGUGAGGAUUAGAUUAAUGUUUAUUAAUGUACAGUUGUAGUGUCUUCAAUUACUCACUGUGUCUUAUUUUAAGUACUCUAGCCACCUUUCCUCAUGGACCCAAUUUAGGGACUGCAGUAAAUAUUUAUUAAGAUGUAUCAUUGUAUAUACAAAUAUUUGGAUAUUGAAAUUCCAAAUCAGACACACUUCUUUUUAAUAAUAAAAAUUUAAACAUACCUCAAUCAGA